AUCACGCGAACUUCAAACCUAUCGCCAAGCGCAGCGGCCUGCGGGCCCGAAGUAGUUUUGUUCGUGACUCUAUACAAAAACAAACCGUUUAUUGACGUACAAAACUGAGUUUUAACACGCACUCUCUCAGUAAUUUAACAACAAAACCCAAAACAAAUGUACUCACUGUGAAUUGUAACGUUACAACAACUCGCCAAGCAAAGUUUUUCGACUUUUGUUUAUAGUAAUCGCGGCGGCAACCUGGCCGAGUUGGAAAGAGCAACAGUUUGUCAGUCGUUUACAUGCGCGUCGCCUCCUUCGAUUUUGUUAGGUUAUACUUCUAUGCCAGUCGUGCAGUUAAAGACAGCGUGUUACGUCGCGUCGCUGCCGCGCGCGUUGUUAUCGUCGAAAACUUUUUAUCUUGUGUUAAAAAUCGUCGAUAAAUAAUGCAAAAUCGAUCCGAAUAACGAAUUUUAAUCGAAAAAAGUGGUGUUUGAAGUGUUUGAGUGAUUUAUUGUGGUAGUUUUAGAGUUAUAAAGAGUGCAUUCUUCGGUGAUUCAUCUCGUGACAAGAAAUUGUGUACCUACUGUGUCGUGUUGUGGAUGUAUUGGUAAAAUUAUGUGUGGCCACUACGAGUCAACUUAGUUUUUGUUCUUUGAAAAGAUAUGAAAAGGAAUUACAUUUGCGGACGAUAAAAAAAAGUUUUCCCGUUUUGGUGAUUCCUAUGGAGAUGAAUAGAUGUGAAAGAAACUCGUGACAGUAUCUACUCACCAUAAUUACUAAGAUUCCAAAAUGGCGAAGCAAGUUUGGUUGAUCCUGAGCCUCUUUCUUGCCACCGCAUUCGCUGACUUCACCACAAACUGCCCACAAGAGUGCAAAUGUGUUUGGGCAAGCGGCAACAAACAAGCCGACUGCUCACACUCCCGUCUCAACGACAUACCCAGAAACCUAAGCGCAGAGAUACAAAACCUCGACCUCACAGGCAACGAACUUUACGAAAUCACAAGACAUGCAUUCCAUGAUGUAGGACUCAUUAACUUGAAGAAACUCAUCCUCAGAGAAUGUAAACUUUUGACUAUACAGAGAAACGGUCUGAGCGGACUUGCCAUCAUGAUAGAACUAGAUCUGUCCAAGAAUGAUCUAAAAACUUUACACGCCGACACCUUCAAAGAAACAGCUAAAAUAAGAUGGAUCCUACUGAACGACAACCAAAUAGAGAAAUUAGAAGACGGGCUCUUCAAUAACUUGCCAUUCCUACAGAAAGUGGAACUGAGUAACAAUAAAAUACUACAAAUAGGAAUGAAGACGUUCAUGAAUGUGCCCAAAUUAAACAUUCUCCGACUCGACGGGAACAAAUUGGAGUAUCUGAAGAUUGAUACACUGAGCGCACUGACAUCGCUUUCCAAUUUAGAUGUUCACGAUAAUCCUUGGCGUUGUGACUGUUACUUACAGCCCUUUAGAAACUGGGUAAUUAGUAAGAACUUCUACACUUCCCCCAUUUCUUGUGUAGAGCCACCGAAAGUGCAUGGCAAGCUUUGGAAAGAGCUCGAUUCCAGUGACUUUGCUUGCAAACCCAGCAUUGUAUACCCUUCCGUCAGCACAACACUACGAACAUCAGAUACCAACGUCACACUAUCCUGUCAGGUCAACGGCAACCCGCUACCAGAAGUCAACUGGGUGUUGAAUGCGCAAAUCAUAGACGGUGCUUACCGAUACCAAGGCGAACUCAAAUACUACAUUACUGAGAGAAAUCUCGACAACUCUAAAUGGGUUAACUUAACUAUAGUUGAUUUAGGAAGCACAGACAAUGGAGAUUACCUUUGCGUUGCGAAAAACGCUGGUGGAGUUGAAGAGCGAAGUCUGACCCUGGCAGUGACUCAAAGUUUCCCUGAGAGUGGAGUGGUUCCUCAGGGUAUGGACAACAAUAUGCUGCCAGUGCUCAUUGGCGUGUCAUGUACUGCAGCUAUCGUGCUGAUAAUCCUGGUGAUACUCUGCUACUGCUGCUGCUUCAGACGGCGAGGGUCAGACAAGAAGAAAGCAGAAAAUUCUAACGGUGAAGCAUUAAUCGAGGGGUCUGUCAUACCCGAGAUGGAGAAGAGCCUCAUCACUGCUGUCAAUCCAGUGACGAAGCCUCCAAGAAGAUACGAUGUACCACCAUCGAUCACCAGCGGCGCGACGGAAAUGUCUGAACUGAACAAAACAUUGCUGGACAAUGAUUCUGUGUUUGCUCACAAUGAUGAUGAAAAACGCUCGCUCGACUUCGACCCACCAUCGAAACGAUCUCAGGAUGCACUCAAUGUGGAAUACGGCCGUACUGAUGGUCGAGCCUACCCGCCUGAUCUACUCUCCUUCCCUCCCAGAGCUGCUCAAAUAUCACCAGCGGCUAGCAACGCUUCCACCGUACCAGACACCACAAGGCUGCCUCCACAACUCAACCCGAUCAGUCCCAUACACUCGCCAAUAUAUGGCAUGACCAAUCAAAACUUAUUCAGGACUUUGCCCUACUCUCGUUCUCAGUCGCCAUUCACAGCGCCCAUUACACCUCCUGUUGUCACACCUAGGCAGGGAUACGUCACGAUCCCAAGGAGACCCAGAGUACCCAGCUGGUCUAGUACAGCAAGCACACAAAUCCUGCCCAGCUCUGAAGCACAAGAACCGCUAUAUGAUAAUCUAGGGCUAAGGACCACGGCAGAUGGCAGCUCUGUGCUAUCUUUAAACAAAACUGGUUUAGAACCCCAAUUCUCACCAAUGAGGAACAGACCCUUGCCAGCUACUCCGAUAGCCUACCCUAACCAGCAUCCAGUAUACUACGCUCCCAUUGAAGAACAAGAGCCAUCACCCUCGCCAGUACCUCCACAAGUGAAUCGAAACAGCAUCAGCUCUCAGUUGUCGCAUCAACUUUCUACUCCAGGGCCUCAGGAACCAGUGAACCCAAGAAUGAGUUGGACUGCUAAGAACACCUCCACUCCACAACCUGAGCCUAGGAAAGUAUUAUUCAGUGACAAAAGCGAUGCACAGUCCCAAGUGUCAGACAGCAGUACACUAAGCCGAAGAGGAAAGCCUGAGACUGGAUCUCUAAGAAGAAUUCCAAGAGUAGAUAGUAAGGAGGAGCCUAGUUCUCCAUCAAAGGACGAGAGCAAGAAAAAUGAGAGUGUAAUGAACCAAUCAGGGACUCUGGGCAGGAGUGGUAAGAUACCACCACGACCACCGCCGAAGCCGAAGAAAAAGCCGAGUACUGAAGUGAACCCCAACGAGCCGCUGUUCGAGGACGAGGGAGAGGAUGGUACGGAAGUGUAAUAGUUUAGACUAAAGGUUUACCAAAGUGCCAAUGAGCUUUUAGUGAGAGGAGAGACCUACGUCACGAUAUCAGUGAAAAGACGUGUUAUUACGAUUAAUUUUCCGCGGUGCUCCUGUAAAUAAACAUUUGUGCUAGAUUUUUUACUUGUCGCGUAAAAUUUAUGGACCAUUUUAAUAUUAUAAUCAUUGUAACGCAAUUGGACGUCGCGUUCACUGUUGGUUUAAGUAUUUAUUGUUUGUGGUACUCUUUGAUUAAGACAUGAAUGGUAACUAAUGGCUUUUAUGUAGCGACGAUUGUUUCAUCAAUAUCCAAGACUGAUUACUCUAAAUUGACACGCUUUUGUGGUAUAUGAACUGUUUCAAGUGGACGUGUUUGUGUUAUCAUUUAUUCAACUGAGUCUGGGUGUCAUUUUUAGCUUUGUUUCACGUCGCUUUGUUCAUUCCGUACGACAUUCCCGUAUUUUAUUCAAAUGCGGAAGCGAAGGAAAGAUUAAGGAGUUGAAAUGUUCAUACCUUUCCGUACAAGCUAAAUUUGAGCAUUCUUUGCUCAUAUCAUUCCAAAAUUGUAUUCCCAUCAUCUGCUUGGCACCGUUCAUAUAUGCGAGUUUUAUUUGACAUUCCUUAAAGCAUUCUUUCAUGGCAUCUGCACAUUGAUUAUGGAUUCUCACAUACAUAUAUAUGGAAGACUGAAGCAAAUAGUUCGCUUUUCCUCUAUUGAUCAAGUCAAUAGUUUGAUAUAAGCGGUUUGUUUGUUUGGUUCUAUGUUUCGUCCUUGUAUAUUGCACGUUUAUAAAUAUCUUCAUUUAUUCCGGAGUACGUUUAAGUAUUUUCUCUGUUGUUUUGUUUUAGUACGGUAUCUUCUUGUUUCAUAUGAUGGUCCUAUUUCACUAUAAAAAUUUAAGCUAAAAUCCGAUACGGUAUUUUUCACUUCACCUAUAUUUUCAUAGUUUUGCUUUUACAAAAUUAAUCUACAAAUAGGAUACAACUAUCCAAAAAACUGUUUUAAAUUAAAACAUUCUAGCUACUAUAGAAGAUUUUUGAAACUGGACCGUCAGUUAACACUUUAUAACAAAAAUAGGGUCACAAAAUAUUUUUGUUUUUAGUUUUGGAACCAAGUUUAUAAAUCGUGCAACAUACAUCAACGUACAUCGGUCGUUCUGCACUAAAAUAUUUAACUUUGUACAUUCUAAGUUAACAACAUUUUAGUUUUUAGUCCGAGGCUGUUUUCGCUAACAUUUUUAAAUGUAAACGUUACUCUGAAAUAUAGAAAACUGCCGUACUCAGAGACAUUUAAGUAUAACUACCUUAAACUAUACCUUAGUAACGAUUUUGUUCCGAAAACAAUUGCUAAUGAGCUGAGUUAAGUAACCAUUAAAUGACUCUGAAUACGGUGGUAAGACUUUUCAAAUAAAUCAGGUUAAUGAUGUAGUUUUCAAUUUCGAAUAAUUAGGUAUUAAUGAAAUUCCACGGUAGACCAAAGCAGGCAACAAGAUUUACGUCAAUUAUAUGAUUUUAAUGUCUCGAUAUCUUGAUUUUAACCUAAGAACAUGUACUAGGCAACAUGAAAUCUGACAACAUAAUUAAUCACCCCGAGAGUCAGAACAUUGAAUGGCUUCUAAUGGUUUCAAAGCCUAAUAUAAUUUGGAUUUGUACUUCAACGAAUAUGUGACUGUACUAUUUUAUAUUUUAACGGUAGAUUUUUCACAAAGAAAGAGUCGCAACUUACCAAUUUUUUAAUUUUUGUAUUAUUUUAUUAAUCAACGUAGAGUUUGUGUCUUAACGAACAAAAGUUCAUUUGAAAAUAAAAGAAAUCAUUGAUAUAUUGAUUUUAAUUCAAUUAUUUUUGGCAUUGAUUCUCUACGUAUUUUAGCCAAUUCUAUACAAUCAAACAUUUUUUAUCUUUUUACCGAUUAAUUGCGAAAAAUAGUUCCUAAAGUUUUUUAAACCAUGUGUUAGAUUAUUUUAGGUAUAAACGUAUCAUGUUAUAGUUUAAGGUUCGCUUAACUUACUGGUGCAUAUUUUUGUAUACAAUUUUAUGUGUCUAUUUAUUUUAUUUUUUUAAUUGUAUAUUUUACUUUUGUCUCUUCUUUUAAAAAUUGCUUGGGAUUGGAUUAUAAAUGUAAUUUUCUUUCAUUGAAUACUAUAAAGGUUUUACAACGUAUCUUUAUUACGUACAGUUUAAAAAAGAAAUGAUUUUGCUAUUUUCUGGAUUAUGCUAUGAUGACUAUCUCCAAAUUCUAAUAGGUAUAUCACUAUCAACAGUGGUCACUGCUGACCAAAGGCGUCUUCUCGCACGGAGAAGAUUUGAGCAUUAAUCACCACGCUAGCUCAAUGUGGGUUGCCGAUUUCAAACUUAUAAUUAAAAAUUAUAAGCUCAAGUUUCCUCACGAUGUUUUCCUUCACCGUUUGUCAGUGGUGUCUAAAGAAUAUUAGAAAGUACAUAUAACUCGGAAAAAGUCACAUUGGUACUUGCCGUUGGUAGGCUUCGAAGCCCUCAUGUAUGAGAAGUGGGCUUGUGGGUCUGUCUUAAACCACGGCUACCACGACACUAAAUUCUAAUUAACUUGUCAAAAUGGUUGAUUAUUCCAAGUAUUUUUCAUAGAAGAGACAAUUUAUUAAUUAAGUUUUAAAAGUACAUGACAAAGUUGUAUUCUACAUGAAAUGUUGUAUUCUUUAGCGGUUUAUAUGAAAUGUGUGCUAUAGUAAAAUGUACUGUAUAAAACUUUUUAAUGUAUUUUCAAUUCAUAAGCUGUAUAAAUAGAGUACAUUUUGGCUCGAAAUCGAAUAAAUGUAAUAGAAAAAUUAAUGUAUACAUAACUACGGCCUUUGUACAAAUCAAAUGUUUUAAUGUUUUUUUUUUUGAAGUAAAUGCCUUGUAAACGUGACUCUUUGUUUUUUCACCGUCGAAAUCCGCGUUGCUUUGAUUUCAUAUAAUAUGAUUUUAUUUGUAAAUUGUACCCAUGUGGGUACAAUAUUUUUACAAUGUUUACUGUAGACAUCCAGUUUUUAUAGUUUUAAGUCCAAUGUAAAUAGAUACAUUAUUAAAAGUGAUUAAAAGCUAUAUUUCAUA